AUGAGCAAAAAAAAACAGUAUAUAGUAACUCUUUUAGCUAAAGGAAUUAUUUCAGAAGACUUGCAUUAUGGAAUAUAUGCACGAAAUUGGUGGGAACCGUGCAAAUUUAACGAAAACUGCAUAAAUCCAAUACCUUAUCGACUAUUUAUGUCUGUUAAUUGUUGUCUUAACGGUAAGAACUUUGCAAUAACAGUUCUUAAUGAUGAGCAAACACAUAACCCAUGUUUUCGUUGUAUUUGUGAUGGUAAAGAUUCCGGAACUCAACUAACAGCUACUGCAGCUAUUAAUAACACGUAUAGCCAAAUUUUUAGUAAUAAAACAAAAUAUUCAGGAUUAGCUGUAAUGGGAUUUGAUAAUGAAGCAAUUGUUCAUGAGUUAGUAGCUGAUAUUUCAUUUAUUCCAAUAUUUAUUCGCUUAGAUCAGAUAUUAAUUGUAGUUAGUAAAAUUGGUGUUUCAUCUCGUGAAGGAUGUUAUGGUGCUGGUCAUGGAUCUCUUUCUACACUUAUAACAAAAUAUGCAGACAAACGUUCACUUUUUGUACAAUCUAUAGAAGAUGAAUGCAGUUUAGAUAUUUAUAACGAAGGUAUAAAAUUAUAUCAUAAUAAGGAUACUACACCUAAUAAAAUUUGGGAAACUAUCGGUAUUCUUAAAAAAUAUGAUGGUGCGACUUUAUUUGGAAUUACUGAUUAUAACAUUCAACAAAUAUUGACAGAAUUGAAUAAAUUAGAAAAGAGUAAAAAUUUAAUUAAUUGUACGAGUGAUAAUUGGAAAAACAUUGAUAUAUUGAAUCUUAUAUUCGAACAAAAUAUAAAAAAACGUAAAAUUGCCAACACAUUUUCAAGUUGGUCAAAAUUAUUCACAAACUGGUACGAUCAAACUAAUACAAUAAUUCAAUUUCCUACAAUUUUAUAUCAGAUUUAUCCAAAAAAUUAUCAAUUUCAAGAAAAAGAAUUAGGUGCAUGGCAAGCAAUGUUUUGCGCUUCUGGUUGUAUAAAUAUUACACCAUUUAUGAAAAAACGGCAUUUGAUUGAAUUUUGGACAAAAGCACCAGAUCCUUCAUCUGAUAGGGAAAAUCUAGCAAAACUCUUUGAAUCAGGAAUGUUAUUAGUAAUAGAAAAUAAAUCUUUUUCUCAACCUGAUAAUGAAAGUGAAACAUUUUGGAAAAGUUUACAAAAAGCUUUAGAAACAAAUAAAAGAGGAAUUGAUGGAAAUGUUAGGAUUCUUUCAAUAAUUGCCGAAAAUUUUACAUACAAAAAACUCAAAGAAAAGUUUAAGAUAGGAAGUGAUAUAAUUAAUUCUGCACGAAAACAUGCAAGACUUAAUGGACCAGGUGCACCAAGCCUAAUAAAGCCAAAAAGAAUUGUUAAACGGAUGUCUGAAAUUAAAGAAAGACAAUUUCUAAUUUUUUUUCAGGAUCGAAGUGUAGUUGCACAAAGUUCCUACCAG